GCCAGCUCUGAAGCUCCGAUCCAGGGCCAUGUUCUCAGGGCUCAGCAUGCGGAUCUCCCUGUUGACAUUGGCCUGCCUGAUCUAUCCGCUGGUGCUGGUGUCCUUCAAGCAGAUGACGGAGUGGAUCCAGAACUAUGCAUGCAGCCUGCAGGAGAGGACCGAGGACCUGAAGCGCCAGAGACAGCUGGCCGAGGACCUCCUGCACCAGAUGCUGCCCAAGACCGUAGCCAAGCAGCUGAGACAGCAGAAGCACGUGGAGGCGGAGAGCUAUGAGAAGGUGACUAUUUUCUUUUCUGAUAUCGUUGGUUUCACCACUAUCUCGGCCUCCUGCACCCCUCUGCAAGUCGUGGAGAUGCUGAACAACCUGUACAUGUGCUUCGACACUCGCAUCGACUCCUAUGAUGUCUACAAGGUGGAGACGAUAGGCGAUGCCUACAUGGUGGUGAGUGGGCUGCCUGAGAGGAAUGGGGACAAGCAUGCAGAUGAGAUCGCCAAAAUGUCGCUGGACCUGGUGGCAGCAGUUCGACAGGUGGCAAUCCCCCACAUGCCCAACAAGAGACUGCAGCUUCGCGCAGGCAUACACACAGGUCCAUGUGUGGCAGGUAUUGUCGGCUACAAGAUGCCCAGAUACUGCCUGUUUGGAGAUACUGUCAACACAGCCUCUAGAAUGGAGUCCACCAGCCUGCCUCAGAGGAUCCACGCCAGCUCAGCCGUAUACCUGGCUCUGAUGAAGGACGGUGCAUACGAGCUCCAGCUGAGAGGAGAGAUCGAGGUGAAGGUAAGGCUCUUCUAUUGA